CUUUUGUUCAAUUUUAUCAAUGUUGGCAAUGUUAUAUUUGGAUGAUUAAAGUUCAGAGUCAAGCAAUAAGGAUUUGGAUAUAUGAUUGUUUGGAGAAAAUGCCCUAAUGAACUUCGCACAAGAUGCUGUUGUUUCUACCUUUCAGCAAGCACAUAUGUCGUUAGUGGUUACUAAGCUAAACACAUGGGUGAUAAAUAAGGAUUUAAUUGUUGAUUUUGUAGAAAUCGUGGAUGGUCGUGAGAUCGUUAUUGGAUUCGAGGUGAUGCGCGAACAUAUUGGACAAGCUGGAUUUAAUUUAGCUGCAUUGGAGAAUAAUAUUGACAAUGAACAUGAGCGACAGGUUCUACCCGGAGCGGGUACUUCAUGCACUCUGAUGGGCAUCGAGGACGAAACUUUGUGGAAUGUCUUUGUUUCGAAAGCAAAGAAUUUUGGGUUGCUGGAAAUAUACAUUUCCGCCGAGCAAUCCGGUGCGGGUACUAGUACUUCACGUCCACCCGAAGAUGUUAUGCGCAGACGCCGUGUAUCAAUCGCACAACGCGUUGAGGCUAUAGACAACCCAGAAAGUGAUAGCGAUUCAGAAGAUAGCAAUUCUGAUGGGGUUGAGACCAAAUUAAGGUGGAUUGAAGAAACGCGUAGGGAAGCCGAGAGUGGUCGCAAACGUUACACACCCGAUGUUGCAGUGCAAGAGAAUAUGCUUUUUCCAAGUUUUGAAUCUUUGGAAGUUGCAAUCACAAAGGAUUGCAUAAAGGAUCUCAAAGUAUGGACCCUUGAGUACAAACGAGAGCGCUCCAUGGCUUGCCGAUGUUGGUACCAUGAUGGGAAUCCACGGUGUUAUUGGCGUGCACAAACGGCGAAAGGGAAGAAAUCAGACCAUUGGUUAUUAAAGAACUACCAUCAACGACACACAUGUCGUCCUGAUUACUCUCAUGGAGGUGACGACCGCAACAUAACAAGCCAAUUCAUAGCCCGGAUGCUUUUUAGGAAAUUGCGUGUUGACCCGGAAUACAAGGUAAAGUUAAUUCGGCACGUGGUGACUGAACUUUACAAGGUCCCUGUGUCGUACAAAAAAUGUUGGCUUGCUAGGCUUAUUGCCUCAGAAACAUUGUGCGGAAGUUGGAAGAACUCAUACAAGCAAGUCCCAAUUUUGCUACAGGCUUUGGUUUCUUCUUAUCCGGGAACCGUGGUGGAUUUUGUAUGCACCUCGCCACCAACAGACCUAAACACCGAGCCCGUAAUUGGAGUGAAUUUUAAGUAUGCAUUUUGGGCUUUUCCAGCGGCUAUAAAUGGAUUACAGCACUGUUUACCCGUGGUGACCGUUGACGGGACGCAUUUGUACGGCAAGUAUAAGGGCCAUCUUUUACUCAUAGUUGCUUUGAAUGGAAACCACAAGAUAUUCCCCCUUGCAUAUGCCGUAGUUGAUGGGGAAAGUGUAUUUCUCCUCAUCUACCUCCUCCACCGGCUUUUCAUCCGCCUUCUACGGCCUGAGGUGGAGGAAGCCGCUCCUGCCGCCGCUGCACCACCUGCUGACGCUGCACCACCUUCUGAUGCUGCACCACCUGCUGCUGUUGCACCACCUGCUGUCCCAGCCGCACCCUUGUGUGCGGUGUGCUUGUCCGACGGGAUAGUGACAACGAGAGACCACUUCCGGAGUGCCUUGUUCAAAAGGCCUGAAGAAUCGGGUGUCCCCGAUAAGAGCUCAGCUGAGACACCGGUGUACCCAAUUCGAUUGGGUUCAGACUUACGAGAAACUAUGUGCAAGACCGUCGUCUCUAUCAGACUAUCUCUGACCCUCAAGCCACUCUUACGCUUCCAGUCGAAUUCUAGUUUAAUGGCGGAUCUAAAGGGCGACGCUGACGACCUCCAAUCUCUCCUGUCUUCUCCAGAUAGGGAUUUUCUGAUUCGAAACAACGGUGAUCGGGUCAAAAUUGAAGAUUUGAAGGGGAAGAAGGUUGGAUUGUACUUCUCGGCGUCAUGGUGUGGUCCGUGUCGGCAUUUCACCCCAAAAUUAACAGAAGUGUACAAUGAAAUCCUUCCCAAAGGAGAUUUUGAAAUAGUGUUUGUAUCUGCUGAUGUGGAUGAUAAUUCUUUUGAUGGAUACUUUUCUAAAAUGCCUUGGACGGCAAUCCCAUUCUCGGAUUCUGCCACACGUGACCGGCUGAAUGGGUUAUUCACUGUUAGCGGAAUACCCCACCUUGUGAUCCUUGAUGAAAAUGGGAAAGUGUCAACCAAAGAUGGCGUUGAGAUUAUCUUUGAUUAUGGAGUUGAAGGCUACCCUUUUACUGCAGAGAGGAUCAAAGAACUUAAAGAAGCUCAAGAAGCAGCCAUCAGGAAUCAAUCCUUGCAAAGUAUCCUUGUUACUCCAUCGCGUGACUUUGUCAUUGCAGCUGAUGGGAAGAAGGUACCUGUUAAUGAUCUUGAAGGCAAGACUGUUGGCCUGUAUUUCUCAUUGUCUACGUUCCAUCACUACUCGGAGUUUACACCAAUGCUGCUUGAAGUAUAUCAGAAAUUGAAAGAAAGGAAAGAAAACUUUGAGAUUGUGACGAUUCCCCUUGAAUCAAAUGAGAAUGCCUUCAAGGAAGCUUUUAAAAGCUUGCCUUGGUUUUCUAUUCCUUUUGGAGAUCAGAGCCGUGAUAAGCUAGUGAGGUACUUUGAGGUCUUUGCACCUCCCACCCUAGUCAUCAUUGGUCCAAAUGGGAAGACUCUUCAGUCUAAUGUCGCUGAAGCCAUAGAAGAGCAUGGCAUCCUGGCAUACCCUUUUACUGCUGAAAGAUUAGCUGAGCUUGAAGAGAUGGCAAAGGCUAAGAAAGAUGCACAAACACUAGAAUCAAUUUUGGUUAAAGGAGAAUCGGAUUUUGUCAUUGGAAAAGAUGGGGCAAAGGUUCCAGUAUCUGAUCUUGUUGGGAAAACCAUACUCCUUUACUUCUCUGCACACUGGUGUCCUCCUUGCCGUGAGUUUUUACCAAAACUCAUAGAUGCAUACGGCGCGAUCAAAGCAGAGGACGAUGCAUUUGAAGUGGUUUUCAUCUCAAGUGACAGAGACCAGGCCUCCUUUGAUGAGUACUUCUCCCAGAUGCCAUGGCUGGCCCUUCCUUUUGGGGAUGAUGAGAGGAAGGGGUCUCUGAGCCGCCUCUUCAGAGUCCGUGGGAUCCCAACACUGGUGGCUGUAGGGAAGUCGGGCCGAACGCUCACCACUGAAGCCGUAGAAAUGGUGGCGAAUUUUGGCGCUGAUGCGUACCCCUUCACUGAAGAGCGUCUGAACGAGCUCGUCGGACAUGAGAGCGCGAGCGAAGACGAGGAGGAGAGCAGAAAGGAGUUGUGGGUUUGUAGUGAUAUAGUUUGUAAGAGGGCUUGAACAAGCUUUUAUUAGUGGAUUGUGGGUGGUUAUGUUGCUAUAUAUCACAUCUGCUGCUUAUUCUUGCAUUUGGAGGGUAUCUCCAUGGUAAGUAAAACUAUGGACUGGCUCCGAUGUGUGCUUUGUAUUCCUAAAUAGGCAGAGAUUUGCGGUUCUUGUGUCGGACCACUCGGACACCUCUCGACAUUCCCCCUUUUCUGUGACUAAUCUUUAACCAAUAGGUU